AAACAUCAUUUUCAUUCGAUAUCUCCUAAUAAAGUCCCAAACACUGAUUUUGAAUCACCAAAAGAACCAGUGAUAUGAUAAAACCUUCAAUUAUUAGUAGAAGUUACUACAGUAAUUCAUGGAAUAUCCAGUUGAGAGAAGUAGCAAAAGAUGGAUGUUUCAAAGAAGGUAUAGAAAUAUACCGCCAAAUGCUCCGUCAUGGAGAUUCUCCAGAUUCUUUUAGCUUCCCAUUUGCUUUGAAAUCUUGUGCUUCACUUUCAUUACCCAUCUCUGGUUCACAAUUGCAUUCUCACGUUAUCAAAACUGGAUGUGAACCUGACCUGUUUGUACAAACUUCUUUGAUUUCCAUGUACAGUAAAUGUUCGCUAAUCGAUAAUGCACGUAGGGUAUUCGAUGAAAACGUGCACUCGAGAAGAUUGACUGUUUGUUAUAAUGCUUUACUUGCUGGGUAUACUCAUAAUUCUCAGCCACUGAAAGCUAUGUUGCUGUUCCAGAAAAUGUUUUCUUCCGAUGUUCCUUUUAACAACAUUACAAUGCUUGGGGUGAUUCCUGCCUGUGUGUUACCGGAAAAUAUUAGAUUUGGUAUGUCUCUUCAUGGCUGUAAUGUUAAGUGUGGAACGGAUUGUGAUUCAUUUGUUGUGAAUUCUCUUCUUACGAUGUAUGUUAAGUGUGGGUCGAUUGAAUUAGCUCGGAAACUUUUUGAUGAGAUUCCUCAGAAAGGAUUGAUAUCUUGGAAUGCAAUGAUAUCAGGGUAUGCACAGAACGGACUUGCUACUCAAGUAUUGGAUCUUUAUGGUGAGAUGAAAAAAAUUGGAGUAGAACCUGAUCCUGUUACCUUUGUUGGUGUUCUCUCUUCCUGUGCUCAUCUUGGUGCCCAACGAAUAGGUUUUGAAAUUGAGCAACGCAUUGCACGCAGUAACUUCGGUGCUAAUACUUAUCUAACGAAUGCCUUGAUAAAUAUGUACGCUCGUUGUGGAAAUCUAACUCGAGCUCGGAAAUUCUUUGAUGAGAUGGUUGAGAAAAAUAUUGUCUCAUGGACAGCUAUGAUUGCAGGUUAUGGAAUGCACGGGCAUGGUGAUAUUGCAAUUGAACUUUUUAAUGAAAUGAAACUAACCGGUAUUCGGCCCGAUGGAACAGCAUAUGUAAGUGUAUUGUCUGCUUGUAGCCAUGCUGGAUUGACUGAUAAGGGCUUAGGGUACUUCAAAGAAAUGGAGAGGGAUUAUGGGACUCGACCGGGUCAUGAACAUUAUGCAUGUUUGGUGGAUCUUCUUGGUAGGGCUGGUAGGCUUCAGGAAGCUCAAGAGUUGAUUGAUUCAAUGCCUGUGAAACCUGAUGGUGCAGUUUGGGGGACUCUUUUGGGAGCGUGCAAGAUUCAUGGUGAUGUUAAGAUAGCAGAAUUGGCUUUCGAGAGGGUUAUCGAGCUUGAACCAACGAACGUGGGGUAUUAUGUGUUGUUAUCAAAUAUAUAUACAAAUGCAGAAAACAUGGAAGGAGUAGCAAGGGUUCGAGUGAUGAUAAGAGAACGAAAACUGAGGAAGGAACCUGGCUGUAGUUAUGUCGAGCUUAAGGGAAGAGUUCAUUUAUUUAUGGCCGGGGAUCGAAAUCACCCUCGGACCAAUGAGAUAUAUGAGAUGUUGAUUAGGUUGGAGGAAUUAAUAGAGGAAAGUUAUGGGACUGAAGGGAAGAAUGAAAAACUAAGGAGAAGUGAAGAGACUACUAGUACAAGUGCAGGAGUGCAUAGCGAGAAGUUGGCUGUUGCAUUUGGGCUUUUGAAUACAACAGCAGAUACAGAGAUUGUUAUCAUCAAGAACUUGAGAAUCUGUGGAGACUGUCAUUUGUUCAUGAAGGUGGUCAGCAAAGUAGUGAAUCGUGGGAUCUUGGUUAGAGAUGCUAGUCGGUUCCACCAUUUUAAAGAUGGAACUUGUUCAUGCAAUGACUACUGGUGAUGGUUAGCAAGUCCACUGAAAGUUAAUUAUUUUGGAUAUGAGUUUCGGUAAAUUCAGGAGGAAAUCCGUGAAGCAUCACUUUGAGUCUUCACUAUGUUAAGCACAGAUUUUCCAACUACGUUGGUUGAUUAGUCGUCACGGUUUGAAGUGGGUAGAAAAGAUUAACUGGCUGGAAAAGAUUAACAACUGGCUGGAGUUUUGUUUUAAAAAUUAUAUUGUAUGAAAUACCACUACCAUACCGGGGACCGGAACAGCAAAAAGUAGAAAAAACAUAGAUACCCGAUUAUAGAUCAGGAGGAACAGCGACAGAUACACAGUGAAACUCAACCAAAUUGAAGCAACUAUUCUUACACGGGCUAUCAUCAGCACCCUCGUAUCCAAGGCAAGUCCAAGAUAAAUUUAACACGAUGCACAUUCGACAACAAACAUUUAGAUAGGCUAUCAGCACUCUCAUUUAGCUUAGCUAGUAAAGAGUAGACAGAUUAUAUUGAGACACAAAUCAUACUACACUGAAUUGGAUAAAAAGAUUGCAGAAUGUAUUUACUCAUGAGAUUAAUAUAUAUAUUUCAGAUUUCAAUCC